AUGGAGGCCAGCCCAGCAUCCAGGCCCAGACUCCUGAUGGGUCCACAUACGUUCACUGAAAACUUUACCAAUAACCCUGGGGUCUUUGGACGGCACCAGACCUACUUGUGCUAUGAGGUGAAGCGCCAGGGUCCCGAUGGCACCAGGGACCUGAUGACUGAGCAGAGGGACUGUCUACGCAAUCAGGCUAAGAAUCUCAGUGGUUCUGAUGGCCGCCAUGCAGAGAGGUGCUUCCUGGACCGGGUUCCUUCUUGGCAGCUGGACCUGACCCAGACCUACAGGGUCACCUGCUUCAUCUCCUGGAGCCCCUGCUUCAACUGUGCCCGGGAGGUGGCUGAAUUUCUUCAAAAGAACCCACACGUGAACCUGCACAUCUUCGCUGCCCGCAUCUAUGAUUGUCGCCCAGGAUAUGAGGAGGGGUUGCAAAUGCUGCAGAAUGCUGGGGCCCAAGUCUCCAUCAUGACCUCUGAGGAGUUUAGGUACUGCUGGGACACCUUUGUGGAUCACCAGGGACACCCCUUCCAGCCCUGGGAGGGACUAGAUGAGCACAGCCAAGCCCUGAGUGGGAGGCUGCAGGCCAUUCUCCAGGUGAGGGCUUCCUCCCUCUGCCCAGAGCCCCAUCGGCCUCCCCUCCUUCCCUCUCCCUCUGGGCCUUGCCUUCCCCUCUGCUCAGAGCCUCCUCUGGGUUCCCUGCUCCCCCCGGUCCCUGCUCCAUUCAACUCCCUGCUCUUCCUGAAUCAGGGAAACCGAUGGAUGAUCCUUAGUCUCUAA